AUAUAUUUUUCUACGUAUGUGUGUGUGUGCCGAUUAAGUGUAAUAAAUAUACCAAAAAUAAAGAAAAACAGAAUUUGUAAAAACCGGCAAAAAAGGCAAAAUAGAAUCUGUUGAACCUGUUCGUGGACAGUGAUGGAAAUUUCAAGCUUCCAUCAACGCCCCCAGCAGAAUUCAACAUGAAAACAUAAAAAAGACACGCCUCUCAAAACAUACGUAAAGUAGUUGUGCAAAACACAUUUUACAGAAUAAUGAAGAGCCAAGGGAUCUUAUAAAUAGCGGAUAAGUACUUAUUAAACGAGUUAAAUGUGAUGAAGAAUUGGUCCCAAGGCGCUCACCUGAGGACAGUCUGUUAUUUGUGUAAAAGUAUUGAAACUGAGCCAACGUCACUGAUACGGGAGUUUACAGCUAUGGCAGCAAAUAGGAAUUGUAUUCGAGAUCUGGAGGAAAUGCGUGUUGAACUGAAGCAUUUUUUUCUUACUACCAUGUUACUGUUUACAACACCACUUUUGGGAUAUGCUGACGAACUAGAUGCUGCAUACAGAGAUAUAAAGAUUUCUAAAGUAUCUGGACAGUCAGGAUGUGUGGUAGGGGGAGUGUUAUUUGUUGUAGGCUUUGGACUUUCUUUUGUCACAUUUGGAGCGUCUCUUGGCCUCUGUAUAGCAGGUGGAAUUAUUGGAGGCGCAGGUGGGAUAGUAACCGGUGGUGCUUCUAUAGCUGACGCUGUAAAAUCAAGCAAAGCUAGAACAAAGGCAAAAGCUGAACUUGAUAAGUGCAAUACAGCUUUUAACGAAAUACUGAUGAAAUGCAAUAGGGUAUCAACCCAGCUCGAGAAUGUUGGAAAUAUUGACAUAAACUUUCCGGUCUGGUGCUCAUUUUGGGGCAAUUUAAUGCUGGGCACAGGACGAACCCUUUCAGGAUUUGGCUGGCAAAUGGUUGCGAGUACUGUUUUGAACGCAAUUAGACUUGGCAGAGCCGUCGACAUUGCAUCUGAUGUAACAUCAGCUGUCGUUCCUGUAUUCCGUACACUUGGAAACGCAGCUAAGGGGCUUCAUAUUGCUGGUGGAGUCGUAAGUGCCGUCUUUCUUCCCAUUGAUAUAGGUUUUCUAGUUUACAAUUCGAUAGAGCUUCACAAAGACGAAUCUCAUGACGAGUCAAAGAAAAUACGAGAAGCUGUUGCCAAGCUACAGAAUAGAUGUCCUAGUGAACAGGACAUUGAUGAAAUGAUAGAUUCGUGUAUAAACUCAUUACGACAGCUGGAAAACUAAAUUGUAUUACAAAAACUUCCAAGUGGCUUUUGUUUUGAUAUAGUGAUUUUUACCUUAAUAUUUGAUAUAGUGACCUUUGCCUUGAUAUAACCAUGUUUGAUAAAUAUUUAAAGUUAAAGGCGCAUUUGUAAAAUGUAACGAUAGAAUUUUAUAACCUUAGAUGAACAAUUUAUUUUACAUAUUAAUUGUAUCUUACAUUUAUUUUUAUCUUAAAUGUGUUCAAUAAAAGUUGCAGUUUUGAAAAAAUAUAA